AUGGGUAAACACAAACCGACUUACAACCCAAGCGACCCGGAAUGCGGUGACUACGUAGUUGUUGUGAAUGCGGGUGAUAUGGUGUACUCAAAGAAGACUUACGAAAAGAAAGUAUACCGUUGGUAUACUGGUUGGCCUGGUGGUUUGAAAUCACGUACAUUAAAAGAGAUGGAAGAAAAGAACCCUGAAAAGAUAUUGUGGCAAGCGGUUUAUGGAAUGUUGCCCAAGAACCACUUGCGAAAGGAGCGCAUUCAGAGACUCCGAAUUUACAUGGAGGAGAACCAUCCGCAUGCUCCUCAAGUCCGUGAGACGGACUGGCCGAUUUGGCAUCUGCGUGCUCCCAAGGAGCCUCGCUGCGACGAUGCGAUUCUAUCCUCGCCCGUUCGUGAGAUCCCUGAAGACUGGGGUCGCGUGCUUCUGGAUUGGAACAACUACGAAAAGGACUACAAAGACCCGUACGACAUCGAUUUCAACCGUCUGCAUGAUCUGUAUCUGCGCGCUCAUCCUGAGGAAAUGAAGAAGGAGACGGCGCAGUUCGCGGAUUUGGAGAAACUGAAGGAGGAAACGACGAAAUUGAUCGAAAAGGACGCGGAGGCGAAGAAGAAGGCGGAGGCGGCGAUGAAGAAGAUGAUGGAGGAAGCGAUCGAUGUGGAGAAGAGGGUGAGAAAAGAAUAG